AGAGUGAAAGAGUCUGGGGAGAAACAUAAGGGAUCUGUUGAAAUUCCUAACCUGUCAGAAGAAAAUGAGGUCAAUGAUACAGAAAUAAACGUUAGCAAAAGGAAAGGGGAAGGCGAUGUUCUGAAGGAGCUUAUGAGAACUGAAGGAACCAUAAAAGUCAGAGCAGCUCUGAGAGAUUACCUGAAAGCACUUAAAACAGAGUUUACCUUGGGAAUGCUUCUGCCAACAAAAGCUACUGCUGGUCAGGAGCUGGCUGCUGAGCAAAAACUAAGUGGAAACACCAUGCAAGAUUCUGUUUCACCACAGUCUUUGGAUAUAGUUGGUGUAAAAAUUCCAACAGUGAAGAUACUUUUGAGAGAAAUAUUCAACUCUCCAGCAGACAAAUUUUAUAGCAUCUUCACAACUAAGGAAUUGGUGCAGAAGUUUUCUAAAUAUCCCGCUGUGAUUGAAGCAGAGAAAGGAGGCAAACUUCAGAUGUUUGAUGGUUGCGUCAGCGGGGAAUACGAAGAACUGGUCCCAAGCCAAAGAAUUGUCCUGAAGUGGAGGUGUAGAAACUGGCCUUAUGAACAUUAUGCAACAGUUGCCUUGAAUUUCAAGGACAUGGCUCCUCAAACAGAACUGCAGUUAGAGUGCAACGGAGUUCCUGUCUCCAGUGAAGACAGUACAAGACAAUGUUGGAAGAAGCAGUAUUUUGAAGGAAUACAUAUUUUACUGCAGCAGUCCAAAGACAACGUGGAAUGAUAACAGUACUGUAGUUUUGUUAGGGCAUUACUUUUUAUACUCUGUUAACAUUUGGUUUUAUAGAAAAAACUAAUUUAUUUGUGGGAAGAAUAAAGACCCACUUCUGUGAUACUGUA